AACAAAACGUCUUGAAGGCAAGGAAGUGGGGCCAUUAUUCGUGGUUCUGUGUCCACAAAUACAAGCGUCACCAAAGCGAACGCGAUGAAGACACUUGCAGCAUUAGUAUUUGUGUUGGCUGCUGCAACGUGGGCGACGUGUCUGGCGGAUGGAGUCGAGGAACCCGACUGUGAUCAUAUCGGCUACUCUCCACACACAAUAAGAAAGGAAAUAUGUGGCUCAGAUGGACAGACGUACAGCAAUGAAAAGCACCUCGAGUUUGAAAACUGUCUCUACAAACGAGUAAUUACCAAGGUUAAAGAUGGAUGGUGUAAAGAAGAGGAUCAGAAGCGAGCAGACGAAAGAAGGAAUCAUCUUGCUGAAGAAGAAGCCAAGAGAAUCCAAGAAGUCCUGGAACAUCCCAAGCCCUCCACCUAAGAAGCAAUGAAAAAAGUGCACAUUUUGAAGUGCGCGAAAGUGAUUGCUGUAUGUCACGUAUGUAUGCACUGGUUUCGUAAUCUUUAUUUGCCGAAAAAAUGUAGACACUAGAAUGUUAGUAAAACGAUAAUUAAUCCUAGAUUCCAGAUUAUUAUCAUCAACCUUUCUACAGUAACAAGUACAAACUGAUGCAUAUGGUGACACAGAUGAAAACAAUAAACUGUUAUUAUUUUGGACACUGUACGUUGUCUUGAGUUUUUCUAAACAUAACAUUUCGGAAACUCGAUCUGUUUCUUGGAUCCCUGAUCCAGGAUGGAGACUAUAUCUUUCCACCGAGUUAAACUCAGUAAACAAGUUUCCUCAACAAACGUGUGAUGAAACAGAUCCAGUUACCGAAACGAUCUGUUUUAAUAAAAAUGAAGAUCGUGGACAAUAUUCAAAAUAAUGACGAUCAUCUAUUGCACUAACCAUGGUACGUCACGCCCUUUACCUUACGGAAGAACAGUCAGUUCUAUGUAAUUAAGUUUGAAUUUCCUAUCGGAGAAUGAAUGCCGGAAUUUUGUUGAAAAUAUUCCCUUAUUCUGCUAGAAAUAUACUGACCUUUUGGAAGAACUUAACUAUCUUCACCUUGAUGGUCGACGAAUAGACCAAGAAAGUAAACAAAUAAGCAGAAAUUCAGCUGCAUUCUACUAACCUAUUUCGCUUGCUAGGUUUACUCUUCAAUCCUGAAGAUGGAAGUAUUUAGACUGCAUCUAAUGUCAUCGUAUCUUUAUCUACUUUAAAUUACUGGUAAAUUGAUUUUCAUUUAACGACGACUAUCAAGGAAUUUAACUCUUUUGCAAAAUGAAUUAAUUACUUAGAAAUCAUGGCAUGUUACAUUAUCCCCACCACAAAUAUUAACCGUUUCUAUGAUGAGAACGUGACAUCUCUGAGUCUCUUCUUUUCUGAAUAUUUCCUUUACCAUUUUCUUCUUACAUUCCUUGAAAGAAAGUCAAAUGCAUAAAGAAGAUUGAAGUAAUUCUUCAAAAUUUUCAUUUGCGAGAGUUUUUCCCCGCCUGGAAAGAGCAUCGCAAUUAGCGAAUAAAUUACGCAGUAAAUGACAAAGCUGAACUCAUAAACGAUUGAAUAAUCACUUCGAUAUUUACAAAGGAACCUUCUUAAACAACCUACCCUAUAAAUUUUACAUAAAUAAGAGACGCAAAAUGGCGACACGCCAUGAUAAUAAGAUGGAGUAGAAUAUAAUUAUUUUACGGUUUGCAGUACUUCACGUGUCUAACUAAUUUGAAGUGAUAAAUUAACGUAGAUUUCUUUCGAUAUCAAUGUUGAACCUCGAAGGAACGAAACAACAGCUUAGAGAUAUUGGUUUAGAUGCAGAUUGGCUAUUUACGAUUUACAUCUCGAAGAAAUACAUCAUCAUGUUCAUAAUUUUUAUGUGUCUGAUUUUACAAACGUCAGGAUAUCUGCACUUUGAAGUGGUACAGAGCGUGUGUGACAUCGCGAAGCGGUACUUCACACUGGGACACACCCUGGUUUUCUCUCACGGCACACCAGCAAACACCCAGCUUUCCUCUGAAGACACACUCCCACACCAUAACGCUAUUCAUAAAGAUGACUUCGAUGAUCUGCAUUAUUCCGAUGAUUUAUGGCAAUUGUUACUGGAGGAAUUCAACAGGUUGGAGUCAUGGUCCUUAAUUUCCUCUGGCCCAAAUAAUGACUUCAAGGAGAUGUCAAACAGCAAGCACGAGGCGUAUGUGUUGCUGUCUGAACGCCAGCAACCUGAAGACGUCGUGAAGGACAUAGGACUCCAAGUGAAGGAACUCAGACGUAGCUGGGAGUGGAACCCACGCGGAAAGUUUGUAAUAAUUGUCAUUGAGAUAGGAGAUGUAGACGCGAAACUGCUUGCUGGAGACAUUUUUGCUGAACUGUGGAUAUCAAGAAUAGUGGAUUCGCUUGUCUUGAUGCCAUCGCUGGAGAAACACACGGCUCAAGAUGUUGUGAACAUACUGGACGCCUAUCUGUGGUUUCCGUACCUUAAUGCAGGCCACUGCACUCAUGUGAAAGGCGCCGUUCUCUGGGAUCGUUGGAUAUCGGACAAUAACAGCAAGGGACAUUUUCUUCACGCUGAGACCCUUUUCCCACAUAAAAUCCCAGGAGAUCUUCGCGGUUGUCCGUUAACAGUUUCUACCUUCGAGAUGCCGCCUAUGAUUAUGAGGAAGGUGACUACCAAAGCGGAACCCAAAAAUAUUACAUACGACAAAGGCCUGGAGAUACAGAUCCUAGCAGAACUUGCGAAAAGUACAAAUAGUCUCGUAAAAUAUCGGGAAGCUCCUCCCGACGGUGGACGGUGGGGAUGGCACCUCGGGAACGGAAUAUGGAACGGUGUGACCGGUGAGAUUGCAAGGAGCUACUCAGAUAUUGGUGUGAAUUGUUUGUGGUACAGGUGUCACAUGAUCAGAGAAAUCGAAUGUCUGAGACCGCAUCUUAUCGACAAGGUGCAGUGGUACGUCCCCUGUGCCACGCCGUACCCCAGAUGGAUGAGCCUCACCAGAGUGUUCACGCUAUCUCUCUGGGUGGGGUUUGUCGCCGCGUAUGUGUUAAUUUCAGUCAUCAUGUGGCAGAUAGUGAAAGUAACCCGCAAGAUUUCUGCAACAGCCUCCCAGAACGAGGCCUACACCAGCCUAACCAAGUGUCUUCUUAACUUCUGGGCUAUUAUUUUAGAGGAAUCCGCUUCCAACAACCCUCCGGACGUGGCUGUGAUCAGAGCCGUAUUCUUUGCGUGGGUGUUAUAUUGUUGGGCUGUUAACACCGUGUACCAGACAUACCUUACAAGUUUCUUAAUAGACCCAGGGCUUAAACGCCCGCUGGCAUCAGAAGAUGAAAUUCUAGCAUCUGGAAUCGAUUACGAUACUGAAACAAGCAUUAUCUCUAUAUAUGAUAGUAUCUCUGAAAUGCGUUACAAACGCAUAAAGGUUACUAACGACAUUGAAUCAACGGAGGAACGAAUCGUUAAGGGUACGUCGGCGUUUCUGUUCUCUAAAUAUCUCUUGGACUAUAGUAUAGCUGUCAAAUAUAUGGAUGCGAACGGUAAGCCUAGAAUUUGCAAGCUCGAAGAUGAUUUUGCUGCCAAUCUAAUAACGAUGUUUGUUCCGAAAGGUUUCCCGUUCAAGGCCAGGUAUGAUCAGGUGUUACUCUUCUUAAUGCAAGCUGGGUUACUGAAUCUGUGGUGGGAGAACAUUAAGUAUACAGCCACUCUGGAGACAGCUGGAGAUAUGAGUCUCCCUUCUGGAGAAUACAUAGCCCUAACGAUGGAGCAUUUGCAAUCAGCAUUCUAUUUCCUGCUCCUGGGGUAUGCCAUAUCUGUUUUUUCGUUCUUAUUAGAGAUAAUCUGCCUCCGUCAUAAGACGCACAGAACCAAACUGAUAAAAACAGAAACAGCAAACAAAAAUACUGAAAAAACAGCCGCAAUUUUCGACUUUCAACUCAUAUCGGAAAGUCACUAAUCCUGCAGCGACUUAAAACUAAAACUGAAAAAUAACACUAUAGAAGGUAAAAAGAACGCAAAGUUAUCCCUUUACUUAAUUAAUUAUACACCACGCCAUGGAGACGUAUCAUAUCCACCAUUAUUAAGCUAGGCACUAGAUGGAAAUAAGUUGUCAGAGUUUUCAUGUCAGGAGAAAUAGACCACGGCACUUAUGUUAACAUUAAAACUAAAGAGCAAAUAUAGUUUUGGUUUGUACUGACGGAACAUAAACUUCAUUCCAAUUGAAUGUUAAAUCGAUUUUCAUUGGUUUUAUCAGAAUGUGACAUACAGAUCUUAUUGCGAUCUGCAGUAUCUUUCAUAAUUCUGGAACUAACAGCAAUAGAAGAUUCAAGAACAAACUGUCACUCCAUGCAGUGAGAUUACACCUCAUAUAAUUUUCAUUGUCCUUUGGAUUGGUGAAGACGCACUGGUCGGUCUUAAAUGUAUGCGCAGACGUAUUGAACAUAAUGUUGUAUUUUAGCGUCCUGUUGCACUGAUUUUCGUCCAUGAUAUAUAUAUACAGUGGCCGUCUUGUAGUGCAUCCACUCUCACCUGUCACUUCACAACAUGUUUCGGCAACAAAUGCUGCCUAUGACUCCAGAUUUAUGGGGCACUCUCUAUAAAGAUUUUGUGUAACUCUUUUUGAACGAGAUGAAUAUUUAACGAAACACAAAUCAAAACAAUUUCCGGUCCCAAACAGUGUGAUUAUUUGUGUAAAACCCGCAUUCCUCUCUGCAAAAUAAUGUAGCCGUUAUAAAUUAACGUUUUUUUUAUCGAGAAAAUGCACAGUUAUGUAAGUUUCAUAACUUCGGUUUUAUUACAAAGAUAAUACUGACUAAUGUGAUCCAAUAUACAUGCAUCACCUGUGUUAUUAGGCCUGUUCGUUCUCAACUAAAUGCGAAAAUUAUUUGGGUUAAGAGCUAAGGGUAUGUAUGCAUCAUAACAGGCCUGAUUUACAGGGCGUCACAUUCCUUCCUACAAGGCAGCGACAACCACUGCCCUUGCUACGUCUUGCAGUACUCCUAACGCGCAAAGCCAGGUAAAAAAAA